AAACGCGAAAGAGUCGCCAGCAACGACAUCAACAGUGAUCAACUCCGUGUGGAGCUGCAUAAGGGCUAGCGAGGCAAGACUGCAGCUGCUCGCUUGCCAAGCGAUGCUUUAAACUUUAAUACAUUUAUACCUCCCUAUAAAUCAUGUCUACUUCAAGCGAGACGACUUCCGCCGGAUCAAGCGUGGCUUCACCGCCUGCUUCUGUAUACCUCAGAUCUACUUCAAGCGAGACGAACUCUCUCGAGUCAAGCGGGGCAACACUGCCUGCUAAGCCCAUCAAAAGACGGCGCCGCUACAAACAAAGCGCCUGGCGCUGCGAAAAGUGUCGACUUGCACACAGACGCUGCAUACACGAUCGGCCUGAUGCACCUCCUCUUCCUUCCGUGCAGCAACCUUCUGAAGAGGGGAAAACUAUCCAAGUAGCAAUCUUGCCAAAGCAGGAAGAUCUCUCCGCCACGCGCAUCCAAGAUCCGAGCACGCUUUCCUGUUGUCCCAUCAUUGCAACAAACAGAGAAAUGACGGAACUGGCCACCUCCUUAUUCUCAGUGCCGCCGAUGGACGCAAAAUUCUGGCGCUCAAACACGCCAGACUUGCUCGAUAAUUCCCCUGGCUUCAGAUUUGCCAUUACGGGCUUCUACCUGCUACAUCGCGGCCUACAGGAAGACAAGCGUACGGCGCUCGAGUACAUCCAAGCUGCAAUCGUUCGACUACGUUCACGGUUUGAGUCGGAAGUCAAUGCUCAAGGCUUUGUCCUCUGUCUGACCUUUUUUUUGGCCAUGAGCAGUUUUGCAAUGCAGGAGCCUGUGGAACGCUUUGCCCUCCAUAGCAAAGGAGCACGUUCCAUUGUCAUGGGCUACUUCAAACAGCUCACCUUGCCGCCUUUUUUGGCUGGAUUGCUUCGCGAAGAAAACAUCCGCCCCGUCAUCACACAAGAAGCCUACAACAAGCACAAGCCUGAGAUGGAGCCAUUUGAGCGGCUAUUCCCGACUGUUAACUUUUGCAAAGAUUGGUACGAUGGCAAUAUUGUGGAUCUUGUCAGUAUCAUGUUUGAUGCUGCAUCGCUCAUGGAUUCUGCAACACUACAGACUUUGACAGCUUCUGUCGUCUACAACAUCAUUCAUCGCUUACAUCGGCAUCAAGCAGUACAGCACGAAUUUGACUUACAACAAUCUCUAUUGGCGCAGCUCACGGAAGAAAGUAUUUAUGUGAUUUGCAUGCAUCAUGCGUAUCGGGAUAGGCGCAUUCCUGUCACUUUGGUGGAUGGCUUACGGACAAAAGUGCGUCUCGCGGAGAGAACAAUCGGGCAGGUGCCUUUCGUUUUGCGAGUGCUGCAAGCUGUUGAAUGCUAGGUCAGGGCUUCUGAGCUUGUCAAGCUAUAGCUACACUGUGUCAAGAUUGCCGGUCUGUGUGACAUUGUGUCAUGGACCCAUGGUCCACGGUCCAUGGACUUGAUGUCCAGGACUCCAGGCCCAUGGUUC